AUGUCUAUUGAUAUACAAGACGGCGCCACAUCAACACCCCUAAAAUUAGCAUCAAAUCUACGACUGCAGCACUCAGAUGGAAAUGAAUCGCAUAAACCGCAAAACAACACUAAUAAUGAGCCACACAAGGACGACGAAGUAGUCAAAACUAGUGGUUCAACAAAUGGAAGUCAGAAAGAAUCAGGACAAAGCAAUGACCGACGCAUAUCGAUAAAGUUUAAAGAUAUGAACUCUACUAAUGGGACCGCUCCGCUUAUUGAUACUAGUAGCAUCAAGUCCUACUACCCUAUUGACAAUUCUUGGCAACAAACUCAAUCACCUCUGCAAAAGUAUUCAACACAACGACUAACUUCAGAACUGGAGAAAUCACCCACAGUAUUCCCCAUGAGUAAUAAAAAUCGAUCAGAUAGCAGCAUAAAAACACCAAGAUAUAAUCAACAUAAGCGCAGAUCAACUUCCUCGUCAACUUCCUCAAUAACGACUCCACCAGCAGUAUCCAAAUCGAGUGACAACUUACGUAUUUUGCUAGAUAGAGAACGAAUUACCCCACCAGUACUUUCUCGAGAUGAUGGUGGCUCAGGAUACUUCAACUUGGACAGAACUAAAUGGAAAGGCGGUGCCGCACAAUCUAUUAUAAAUGGAAUAGGUGGGAAAUCUGAUCGCUUAAAGCUGUCGGUUGUGGGUGAUAGUCCUGGUUUACUAAGCAGUCCUUGGUUCAGAGAUUUGAAAGGUGGUAAUGUCAAUGCUAAUUCUGGUGGCUCUAGUGCCAAUGCCAGUACCCAGAGUUUACAUACGCAUAAGAUGGAGCAUUUAAGAAAAGAGCAAAAGAAUCGAUUAGUUGAUCAGUUUUUAAAUUCAUCUAAAAAGAUUCCUCCUUCACCCGGAAGUGAAAUGAAUGGUAGUAGGUAUUUCAAUGAGGACUUAUUACCUUCAUCUUUGCUGAAUAGUCAUGUCAACUUGAGUGCAUUGACGCCAUUGAAACCUAGUAAAGGAGGUACACGAGGAGGCGCUAGUGAAUGGAAGAAACCACCUGAUGAUUUGGGUCAAGAUAAAGAAGCGGUAGAGCAAGUUAGUAAGGAAGCGCAUUUGCAACGAACACUUGAUCGUGAAGUAAAUUUGGAUGAAAAACUGGCAAGGUUAGAGAAACAAGAGGAGAAAUUGGAAGAUGAGGAGAAGAGAGUUGAGGCGGAAACACCGCAAAUGAAACCACAUUCGAUGCAACCACUACCACCACAACAACUAGAGCAACAGCCACAGCUGCAAAAGCAAAUUGAAUCGGUGUUGAGUAAUGUUAGUAACAUGAGUGGUGGUCUCGGUAAUAACUUACCUGCAUAUGCGAGUGAGGAUUUAGUUAAUAACGUAUUAAGCAAUGGCGGGUUUCGAUUUGAAUAUGACACAAAGCAUGUAAUCGAAGAUGAUAAACUUGUCAAUUACUUGAUUAAUAUUGACAAUGUUUUGGAAGAGUUGGAGAAACGCAAACACCACCAUAGCAGCUAUAGAAGGAAGCAUGUUAGUACCACGGAUGAACAAUACGGUGACUUAAUCAAAAUAUUAACCACCAUUUCCGAAAAAGUGUUGAUCAAAACAAGGGCCCUAAUAUAUGCUAAAACAAAUCCAGCUAAAGCAACAAUUUUACAACUUGAUCUUGUAUCACAAUAUUUAAGAACGCUUCAUGACCUGAUGCAUCAAUUACGACAAGACUUGGUGGCCAAAUUAUCCCAAACUCGUGAUAACAAUAAAUCAGUAAUUAGUGAUAAUUUAUCCAAAUUGAAUGAAAUUGAUUCAAAUUUGAAUAAUCUUGAGGCAACAACUAAUCGAUACAAGGAUAAGAUUAUGCAACAAAAGCAAUUGAUGAAGAAUGAGGUCAACGAUAAAUUGAAUUUGUUGGAGGAGAUUAAUAAACUGAUACAUAUGCAUAACCAGAAUAAACGGAACAAACGUAUUAUUCGGCUUAAUGUGGUAUUUGCAGGGUUGGUUGUGUUGGUGGGAAUAUAUUUGGGGGUAAUGAGAUGA